AAAACCUUAAAAAAAAAAAAAAAAAAGAUGAUGAUGAAAAUGAAGAAUUUGGUGAUAUUUAUUCAAAAAAUAUAAUAAAUAUGUUUAAUUGCCAUAUCACAUUAUGAAAAAGACAUCACUCUCUUGAAAGAGUUUGAUAUUAGACGUUUUGCCAUAUGAUCUAUCAGUAUUAGGUAAUUAUUGAAUUCAGGUGUCCAAUAGAUCAAAUUUAAAGUAUAGGGAGUUUUGUUUGACUAAAAGUUACAAAUAUAAGUAUCUAAAUAUGUAUUGAUUCUAUGUAAAUCCAAUUUUUAAAGUCCCGUCCACAACUUGCUGAACUGACCUUGAAUAUUGAACAUAGGCCUAGUUCACAAUUAACCAAUAGAACCGUUUCCCUCUCCACCCCGCUAAGUUUUAUUCAUUUUUCACCGUUCAAUAUAUUUACAAAAUUCAAAAACCCGCCAUUGCUAAAGCUUACUUCACACACCCCAAAAGUCCAGAGAAAUUAAAAAAGAAGAAGUUUUGUCGCCUAAUGCUUUGAUUAUAUUACCUCCUACUACCCCUAAUCCAACACUCCAGUACAUAGCUACGAUUAAGUUUCUAGAGAUGAAGGGAAAUGAGGAGCUUGAAUAUGAUCCAAAAUCAGGGUUUCAAGUGGAAAUUGAUGUUGAUGAUGGUGAUGCAAAGUAUGUGUCUAAGUAUAGUGCUAUACUUGUUGCAACAAUUCAAGAAGCAAAGGAUAGGAUUUCUCAAAUAGAGUAUGUAUUUUGCAAUCAGCUAUACUCCCAUUUCCAAUUUCAAUCUAAAUGCUUUCAGAAAAUGUAUUUGGAGGCUAAAAAGGAAGCAGACGAUUUGUGGAAAGACAAGGAGAAAGAUCUACUUAUCCAGAUUGAUAAACUUAAAUUUGAAAACCAACAAGUUUUCGAAGAGAAUCGAUGUUUAAAGCUUGAAAAGGAUAGCGUGUUAAGUUUGAGAGAAAGAAAUCAGCAAAUUAGAAUUGAUAAGUUAGAGCAGGAAGUUAGGCAGAAAUCAAAGGAAGUUGAUGAGGGAAUGGAAUUGCAGAAUAGAUUGCUACAACUCGUUCAGACUAAAUCGUCUAUGGCAUUGGAAAAGGGGAAACAAUUAAAAGAGCGCGAAGAAAAGAUAGAUGUGCUGCUUGCAAAAGUGAAUAGUUUAGAGAAAGAAGUUGAAGAACUUAAAGGGAAGGUUGAAGAAAAGAUGGAGAAGGUAGCUGAGAAAAAAGAGUUGGCCCAGGGCUUAUACAAAAACAUAGAAUUGCUGAUGAGGGAGUUAGCAAAAAGUGGAGAGUCAUUGAGUGUGCUUGAAAAGGAGAAGAAAAACUGGGAAUGGAAGACAAAAUGCUUGGAAGAUAAUGUAACUGAACUUAAGAAGAAUCUCGGGAAAAAAAUGGAAGAAGUUGAGGAGGGAAGAGUAUUGCGAGCAGAACUUCUUCAGCAGAUUGAUAUGAAUAAAACGGAAAUAUUGAAGCAGAAAAAACAAUUGGAGGAGUCUGAGAAUGAAAAGGAACUGCUCAUGGAGAAAAUAAAUGUUCUAGAGGAGAAAAUCAACGCACAAAACGAACAUAUCUUAAGGAGCUCUAAGGUGGAUGAAGGAGAGGAUUCAGAGGAAAAGCUACUUCAGCAAAUUGACUUGAAAGACUCUCAGUUAAUGGCUGUGAAGAAGAGCCACAGGGAUCUCCUUGAUAAAUACAAAAGGUUGAAGUCUCAAUAUAACUAUCUGUGCAACAAGUCUGGCCUUACUGAAGAGAAUAUGAUUCCUCAGAUCAAAAUAGAAGAUGAAAGUGGCUCAUUAAUGUAUCAAAAAAAUCUACAAACUUCACCUGAUUUUGAGAGGAAACAUGCAGAUACUUCUGCAGCAGCGAUAUGUGAGAUGAAAAGAGUAAAAAUUGAAAAUGAAGCCAGUGAUGGUUUGGAGGAUGAUAAGACGGUCAAAGCAAUUCCUAUGUCAAGUUUCCAAUCUCCUACAUCCAGUCAUAUUGCGCCAAAAUGUCCUCCCACUGCAAAAUCGGCUCCAGUGAUUGGUACAAAGCGACCUACAUCCCGUUGGAUAGAAACUAGGUCCCAUCAACGCAGAGAUGGGCCUGACCCUCAUGAUGAUUUCCUUGACACCCCUCUUGAGAACCUCAAAGGAACCUUGAACAAAGCCACGAAAGGAAAAGCUCAUGAUCUUGAAAUCCCAGUUCAGAAUUUGCAGCCUGAGAGUUCAGAUGAUGAAACACAAGAUAUGAAUGUUGAUCCUGGCCCAGAAAAGCAGCAGGUGACACUUCCAGUGGCCGGCCAAAAGGCGUUCAAGUAUGUUGAACCAGUUAGAAAGAAAGCUGAGCGGAAGAAUUUGCAAGGAGUUGAAUGCAAGCAGUGCAAGAAAUUCUAUGAUGCAGUGCUUCCUGAUGGAGGCAAGGAUGCUGGUGGUAAUAACCAGAAUUUCCGCUGUGAGCAUCAUGAUGAUGUUUCUAGGCAUAGGUACAAAUACAUCCCUCCUAUGACUCCUGAAGGAUUUUGGAAUAUUGGAUUUGAAUCUGAAAUGUGAUUUUCUUGACCUAAAAACUUCUUAACUAAAUUGCACUGAAAUUUUAUUCUGUUA